AUGGCCUCUUCCACCAAGCUCAAUGUUGUUGUUGCCGGCGCCUCUGGCGAGACAGGAUCGUCCAUCAUGAAGGCGUUACUGGCCGAACCAGCGCAAUUCCAUGUUAUAGCACUAGCACGGCCUGAAUCUGCAGGCAAACCGGCAUACCGAGAGAUGUCGUCUUCCGGUACUACUAUCAAGGCGGGCGACUUCCGGGACGUUGAUACACUCGCCGAACAGCUUGCGGGCGCUGACGUCGUCAUCUCGUGCAUACUCCCAAUCCAGCGGGUGGAAUCAGAGACGCUUAUCGACGCUGCGCAUCGCGCCGGGGUUGGCCGCUUCCUACCCAGCUUCUGGGGGCCUGUCAUGCCUCCACGUGGUAUCAUGGCUGUCCGAGAUCUAAGAGAGGAUCUUUUGGACCGCUGCAAGCGCCUCUAUCUACCUUAUACUGUUGUCGACGUCGGUAUGUGGUACCAAGUCUGCCUGCCGGAACCGUAUGCUCCUGAGCCUCCUAUUGCCGACGUAUUCAUCGGAGUUGGCAAUACACCUACCGCCAUAAUGGAUAAGGAAGACAUCGGGCCAUAUAUAGCCCGCAUCAUUACAGAUCCGCGGACACUAAAUCGAUCUGUGCUUGCAUAUGGCGAGGUUACGACACAGAGCACGAUCUGGGCCGAGGUUGAGGCUGCAAUGGGAAAGGAGAUACCUCGGAAUUCUGUCUCAAUUCCUGACCUCGAGGCCCGCAUUGCGGAGCUUCAGGGUCCUGUGACAAGAAAUCCGACUGAUGUAGGGCUGCUUUUGGAACUUGCCAUGUCUCAGUAUAGGCAUACUCGCUAUGUCAGGGGUGACAACACGCCUGAGCAUGCCCAAUACCUCGGGUACUUAGAUGGCAAGUCUUUAUACUCGGACCUCAAUUGCAAGUCGGUGCGUGACUUUAUCCGGGAGGUGGUUAGCGGAGAGCGUGACCACCGUAUCUAUGUUGGCCGAGAUCCAGUGGCAGAUGCAACGCAGCAUAGGACCUAG